AUGGCACCGUCCAACUCGGUCGAACUCGGCGAGCAGAGGUCCCCUGUGGGCGGCGAAACUGGCACGAGUAGAGACUACAAUGACGACGAGACUGUCGCAGUUGACGAUCUGGAAAUCAGUGCCCUUCCACCCUCUAUGAGAUUGUCCAACGGAGGCAAAGCACGAGUCAUCGCGGGCAAUGCUCUUCUUCAACUUCCUAUAUGGGGCUUCCCCAUGACCUACGGUCUCUUUCAGGACUUUUACACCUCCAGCUGGCCUCUUUCCGGCUCACCCUCAGGGACGGGCGUCAUCGGCACGACGUCGAACGGUAUCAUCUACCUCUGCAUGCCGUUCCUGUUCGCGGCCCUCAGUCAACGCUGGGCGCACUUGCGGCGCAGGGUGUCAUACCUGGGCAUCGCGCUCGCGACACUCAGCUUCAUCUUGUCGUCGGUCAGCACGCGGUCGUGGCACCUGGUAGCCACGCAGGGGGUGCUCGCGGCGCUCGGGUCGGCGCUGCUCUACAGUCCCACGACGCUCUCGCUGGGUGAGAGCUUCACCAUCGACAGCCGGGCGCUCGCGUACGGGGUGAUCUACUCGUCCAAGAACAUCGUGGGCUCGACGUGUCCGUUCCUCCUGCGUGGUCUGCUCGACGCCUACGGCUUCCGCAACACGAUGCGCAUCUGGACCGCCAUCGUCACCUUCACGAGCGUGGCCGCAAUGCUUCUGCUUCCCCAAGACACCCUUUCCACCCAGCCCGCCGUGCCCAUCGGCCAUCGUCAUCAUCACACAACUCGGAGCAGUCAUUCUGCCACUACUACGGCCGGUACUACCACUACAACCUCUUUCAACUCGGAACACCAACACCACCAACAACAACAAGAAGCAGAAGAAGAAGAGGAGGAGACGUCUCGUCCUCGCGCAUCGCACGCCCCACGUCCACCGCGUCGCACGUCAUGGCACUUUCUCUCAUACCGCACGUUCCACAUCUACAUCGUCGCCACGAUGCUGCAGUCGUCGGGCUACGGCAUCCCGCAGACGUACGUCAACAGCUACGCGCACUCGGAGGCGCGGCUCUCGGCGACGUCGGCCACGCUGCUGCUCACGCUGUUCAACGUGCCGGGCAUCCUCUCGAGCGCCUUCUUCGGCUGGCUGAGCGACAACCGCUUCCGCCCGCUGUCGGCCACCGCCACCACCGCCCUCUCGAGCGUCACGUCGGCCCUCUCCGUGUGGCUGCUCUGGGGCCUCGCCCCGGCCCGCGGCCGCGGCGGCGGCGGCUCCAACAUGGCCAUCCUGUCCCUGUUCAGCGUCGUCUUCGGCUUCUUCGCCAGCGGCUACAGCUCGACCUUUGGCGGCGUGUGCAAGCAGCUCGAGCGCGAGGCCGCCGAGCGCAACCAGGCCCUCGACUCCGGCGUGGUGUUCGGCAUGCUCAACGGCGCCCGCGGCGUCGGCUACGUCGUCGGCGGCGUCGCGGGCGUGAGCCUGUUGAGCGUCGGGGAGAAGGCCUUGGACGGCGGCGGCGGUGGACUCUCGGGUGGCCGUGCGGCCUACGGGACGGAGUACGGCCCUCUCAUCGUCUUCACGGGCCUCACCAUCAUCUUCGGAGGGUGGAGCGUUGCCUGGAAAAUCUUCAACCGGAGGGUCUUCAACUUGAUGUUCAAAUGCUUCAAGAGCUAG